AGACGGCACGCGAUAUUGGUCGAGGUGAGGCUUGUUGCAAGCAGACUCUUACAGCGAACUUCUCUAGAACGCCUAGCGCAGUCAAGAGAAGGCGAUGUGACUGGCGCUGGUCACUAUGUGGUUGUGAAGCAGACCUUUUCCUCUCUUCUUUUUCGCCCUCCAUGUAACCCCAGACAAAGUCGCGCAACUCCCAGCUUCCAGAAUCUAAAGUUCCAUCCCGCAUUUGAUCCUGAUUUCAUCCGUCUGCUUCGUGCGACGAUGGGUCGUCUCCUGCACGGCGCCCAGCUUGUGCGCCACAUUAACUCGUGACUCCUGUCGGAUGACCGACACAACACGAGCUGGCAAGCCCCACGCAACGCGGACAAAUGUGCGUAGGACCGCGCGGGAGCGCAAGUCAUGACGUGUCUCUUGUUAUUCAUCUUGAGUCCGAGCAGGGCGGCCAGCUCUUCAUCGCUCCCGCAGACCGAGGGGUGCGCGAACGCGAUGCACGUUCCACGCAUACAUGCUUGCGCGCGCUCCUUUGCAUCUCUCUGCCUUCCUGUUUCCCCGCACACAGUCUGAGUCGCACUCGCGAGCUUGACGACGGAGAAGAUGGCGGUCUCGCACAUGCCUGUCUAGGUCAGCUAUCUACGGCUUGCUUUCUGCGCAUUGAUGGACCAAGUGGCUUGCUAGAGCAUAUAUGCUUGUGGCAAUGAUGUAAGACGAGGGAAUGUUCCUGGGCAGAUGUCACUCAGACUCUUCUAUCUGCGGAUGCGCGCUAAAUACAAGCAAGGCGGGCCCAGCAUUAUGCGCUGAUGCAGAGACUUGUCACGUGGAAGGUGUGAGUGAUCAUUUCGAUAAAGUCACAAGCAAGCAAUUAAGCAGGACCUCGUUGCCCUUACAAAUCCUCACAGGUCAGGAGCGCCCCCAGCACAUUGCUUUCAAAUUGCGAAACAGCUGCACAUGUGGCUCGCGAAGAGACAUCAGAUCGAUUCUUUGCGCAUGACCUUGCUGUGUUCACAGGAGGGCUGGGAACCGGAAUAUAAACUUGGCUACCUACUACUACCAUGUCACGGAAAGGACUUGUGGUAGACUGACUACUAUAUGCUCACGGCUGUCCUCAUUGCUUGGACAGUUUGGUUACUCAGUCAGGCAAACUUGACACCCAAAGCGGUGUCCUGCCAAAGGGGUGUCCUGUCUAACACGCGGCCUUUUCGUCAUUACAGCAGCAUCACAGACUCCGAAGAGUUGUACGACAUCAUUAGGAGCUGGCCGAAUGCGGGCCUGCAGGGUUGUCCGCAUGAGCCGUGAGGUACCUACCAUGCGCUCACCGUGUUCCACAACACCUUAAAAGGUGUCGGGCGUUGAAAUGCUUUGCGUUUGGUGCUGCAGCCUACUCGUGACUCGCAGUGCGAUUCGUGCACGGCACGCCUCGAGUGGUUGCACCAGCUCUUGCUGCGUGACGAUCAGGACAACGGAAGUGGUAGACGGGUCGACAUGUGCACAUCCUAACUCUUGCAAGAUCAGGAAACGAUGGGUGAAGGAAGGUCAAGCAAUUUCGUCAUGAGACUGCCGCCAAUCAGCAACGGCAGUGGUCGGGUUCAUUUCUGCCCGCCGUCAUCACACGGCGGGUUCCUGAGAGACAGCAUUGCCAUGCACCCACCAUCAGCAGCUGCUCGGGCCGCUGAUAAGCAAGCAUCACAUCUUGCAUGCACGAAGCACGACACUUUAACAAGAAGGCUUUGACUUUGUGGUUCGCAAAUCAAAAGCUUUUCAUCAAUCUUGAAUCACCAAUCUUUGAAUGAUGACUAGACAUACAAGCCAGCAGCCCAGUCACGAGCGGCAGUCAAGAGUCAGAUCGACUCCUCCAAGCCGGCUCCUUUGGCUGUUCAGGUCGUCUACUUGCGCACUGGGUCAGUCUGCUGCUGGUCGCUCUCAGAGUCUGUCUGACUUUUGGCUGCGCCGGCGUUUUGAUUCCUGUUUUUGAUGCUCAUUCGCGCUGCUUCUUCUUCUUCUCCGAAACCGAGGCCAGACACUCAUUCAAAUUGAUUCAUCUCAUCAAUCUUGAAUGUCAAUGUCGGCUUUGCGCACUCUUCAAGUCGGAUUGACAAGCCGCAAUUUGAUUCUCGAUUCAUGAAUAC